AUGGCUCACAUCAGAUCCAGCCUACCAGAUGGUCUUGAUCCUUUGCAAUUCACCUACUGCCGUCACAAGUCCAUGACCCUGGCCCUGCACUUAUCCCUGGACAUCUGGAUAACAAAGGCUUGCUUUCCUUGUGGCCUUGCAUUUAUGAGACUCAGACUAGGAGGAUACUGGAUGUACACAGUGUGUUUUCUUUUAUUUGUGCUCCAUCAAUGCUCUUAUACUUUGGACUUCAAGUACCAUCACACAAAUUCUCUGGAGGCUUAUCUUCAAGAUUUGCAAACUAAUUAUUCAUCUAUUACCCAUGUUUACAGCAUUGGACAAUCAGUGGAAGGUCGGGAACUUUUGGCUGUUGCAAUUGGAAAAUACCCAAGGGAACAUCGCAUUGGCAUUCCUGAGGUGAAAUAUGUUGGAAAUAUCCACGGAAAUGAGCCUCUUGGCAGGGAGUUGCUGCUACAUCUAAUCGAUUACCUGGUCACAAGUUAUGGACAUGACAAGAACAUCACUAGGCUGAUUGGCAGCAUGAGAAUUCAUAUUCUGCCCUCCAUGAAUCCUGAUGGGUUUGAAACCUCGAUUGUUGGAAAGUGUACAGGGACCCAUGGACGAUAUAACAGCAAUAAAGUGGAUUUAAACAGAAAUUUUCCUGAUGCUUUUGGGCAAACAACAGCAUCUCUUGAGCCAGAAACUGAGGCAGUGAUACAGUGGAUUCAUAGUGAACCGUUUGUGUUGUCUGCCAGUAUUCAUGGAGGUGCCAUUGUGGCCGCUUAUCCAUAUGAUAACAACAAUCUAGGGAGCAACAACUACAGUCGGAGUCCAGAUGAUGAUGUGUUUAAAUACUUGGCAAAAAUGUAUUCCUUUCACCACAAAACCAUGUACAAAGGGAAUUUAUGUAAGAUGAAAUUCCUGAAUGGGGUGACGAAUGGAGCUAAAUGGUACAGGAUAUCAGGUGGUAUGCAAGACUACAAUUAUGUGUGGGGCCAGUGCUAUGAGCUGACGAUAGAGCUGUCUUGUUGCAAGUACCCACCUGCAGCACAACUACCAAACUUAUGGGAAGAGAACAAAAUCCCACUCAUCGUCUUUAUCCAGCAAGUCCAUUUAGGAUUAAAAGGCAGGGUUCUGGAUGAUAAAGGAAAUCCUAUUUCCAAAGCAAUUGUAAACAUUUUUGGCAGGAGUAAUCUUAUCCCAUUUCAAACCAAUUCUCAGGGAGAGUACUACAGGCUUCUAAUUCCAGGAGAGUAUGUUCUUAAGAUUGAAGCAGAAGGGUUUGAUCCUUUGGACAAGACAGUGGAUGUGUUUGACAAUAUAAACCUCUAUUCUGCUGCUGUUUAUGAUUUUGUACUUCAGAGAUCAAACUCAAGCAGCACUUGA